AUGUCACCAGAUUUCCACCACCUCUUGUUCUUCCCUGAACUCAUUCAUUCCCCUAUUCUCACUCUCCAAGCCGCACUAUGCGUCCUCCUCUUCACCCUUCUCUUCAUGCUUUUCUUCACCCCUGGGGGCCUUGCCUGGGCCCUAUCCAAGUCCUCCGCCCGGCCGGUUAUUCCGGGCCCAGUGACUGCUUUGCUCGGGGUCUUCACCGGUUUGACUCCGCACCGCACACUGGCCAAACUCGCUCGCUGGCAUGGUGCUGAGAAGCUCAUGGCUUUCUCCAUCGGCCUAACUCGGUUUGUUAUUUCAAGCGAACCGGAAACUGCUAAGGAGAUUCUCGGUAGCGCAGGUUUUGCUGAUAGACCGGUGAAGGAAUCGGCUUACGAGCUUCUUUUUCACCGUGCAAUGGGGUUCGCACCGUAUGGAGAGUACUGGAGGAACCUGAGGAGAAUAUCCGCGGUCCACCUCUUCUCCCCGAAGAGGAUAGCGGGUUUCGAAGGGUUCCGGCGCGAGGUGGGGUUGAAAAUGGUGGAAGAACUGGAAAAGGUUAUGAGUGAAAACGGACAGGUGGAGGUUAAAAAGGUGCUUCAUUUCGGGUCGUUGAACAAUGUGAUGAUGACUGUGUUUGGGAGGUGUUAUGGGUUUUUUGAGGGUGAGGGGGUUGAGCUUGAGGGGUUGGUGAGUGAAGGAUAUGAGCUUUUGGGUGUGUUUAACUGGAGUGACCAUUUUCCGUUGCUGGGGUGGUUGGAUGUGCAGGGUGUGAGGAAGAGGUGUAGGAGUUUGGUUGAAAAGGUUAAUGCUUUUGUUGGGAAGAUUAUUGAAGAACAUAGAAUGAAGAGGGUGAAGGGUGAGUAUGUGAAGGAUGAAGGGAUGGGUGAUUUCGUUGAUCUGUUGCUUGAUUUGGAGGACGAGAAUAAGCUCAGUGAGACUGAUAUGAUUGCAGUUCUUUGGGAAAUGAUUUUCAGGGGAACUGACACAGUGGCAAUUCUCCUGGAGUGGAUUCUGGCGAGGAUGGUUCUCCACCCUGAUAUACAAGAAAAGGCACAAAGCGAAAUUGACAGUGUGUGCGGAUCUUCAAGGCUCGUUUCUGAUUCUGACAUUCCGAACCUCAGUUAUCUUCAGUGCAUUGUGAAAGAGGCUCUGAGGGUGCAUCCACCGGGUCCUCUUCUCUCCUGGGCUCGUUUGGCGGUGCAUGAUGUGACGGUGGGUGACAAACACAUUCCGAAGGGUACCACUGCGAUGGUAAACAUGUGGGCAAUCACGCAUGAUGAGAGAGUGUGGGCUGAACCGGAGAAGUUCAAACCGGAGCGGUUCAUUGAGGAGGAUGUCAGCAUAAUGGGGUCUGAUUUGAGGUUGGCUCCGUUCGGUUCUGGAAGAAGAGUGUGUCCUGGUAAGGCCUUGGGCUUGGCUUCUGUCCAUCUCUGGCUUGCUCAGUUACUCCAGACUUUUAAGUGGGUUGCUUCUGAGGAUGGUAAUGUGGACUUGGAUGAGUGUCUCAAACUCUCCAUGGAGAUGAAGAAACCACUGUCUUGCAAGGCUGUGACUAGGGUUGUUGUUUGA